CAGCGAUCGCACUAUUCGAGGACUGUUUGUAGUGUAGAUCAACCCCUCGACACCGUCCUGCUCCGGUAUUAUUACUAGAUGCUGAACAAUUGUAGCCACUGUCAGCAGCAACAAACUUACAAGUAGCAGGCCUGAUUUUUGUGAUGUACUAGAGUAGACACAGCCUCUUUACUUACGUGCCAAAUCAACUUUAGCAGGACCGUUACGUUGAGGGUUCCAGGGCAAAGUGUUCAACCAACACGUAAUUGCCGCACGCACGCGCUCAUAGACAUAGCGGCCUGUGCUAAGCUGAACCUGGAAGCACUGAGCUGCGGCCCAGGAAAUCAAGGAUGAAUGGAUGCGAGUGAGCCUGGCCAGGGGCGGCAGGACCACGUCCUCUCCCAAGAACGGUAUGAUGCCGGCUGUAUUAUUUGGGAAGCAUGGUGUCGCUACCGGGAUCGGAAAUGGUACUUGAUACUUCGAAUAGCCAUCCAGGAAGCCGAACACAGCCUGUCACACAGUGUACUGCGUCAGCUGAUACCCACCGAGGCGAAGCUGCUUCGAGACAAGGUGAUGAAGGCCAAAGUGCGCUUCAGGCUGAUUGGAGGCACUUUCCCACCAGGCAUCGUUUUCAAGAUAUAUGUGACUUCCGGGGAACAAACAGCUGUCCAGUACCUUAGCGGCAAGGAACUGAUACGACCAGCAUCUGAGGCAGCACAAGAUGCUCUGAAGCAGAUGGGAAAGCGGAAAUUCCACGACCAGAUGGCUGAAGAUGAAAUGUACGAGGAUGCAAUCGGUGUGAACUCUCUGGCCGAUGCCGUCACGCCUCAGGAGUGCAUGCGAUAUCAAAGUUUACGUGACGAGCAGCACGCUGGAGAGGGUGGCAAGAGCAAUUCAUGGCGACGCCUGUCACUCGAUGUGUUUCUGCGCACCAUUACUGGCCAACCCGUGUACAGACCGCGGGGCCCGAGCAUACCUGUUAUCCUAGGGCGCAAGCACAUCUCAGCGAGCGGCAAACCAGUCACGGCCGCAGCAAAGCCCAGAAGUCUUCUAGAAAGGCCCGGCGGAGGUACUGGUGAAUCUGCUGCUGUGUUAGCUCAACGCAACACUACUGGAGUAACUUCCGCACCUGCAGCCGCGCCAGCCCAGCCAGCCCGCAAGCCUCGUGUACCACUGUCGCAGCUCUCCAAGCAGAAGCGGCUUGAAAAGAUGCGGCAGCUCUAUGGUUUGGCGGAGAAAUCUCCUGGCAACAUCAUUGCUCAGAUGCAGCAGGUGGAAGCUGGCUGCGCAGUCGACAGUGCGCAACUGCAGACCAAUGAUGGAGACAAGGUUGCCGGAGCAGGGGAAACUGUGGAUUGCGAGGCCGAUGAACUGUACACAUGGUCGCAGGACUUGUGCUUGGAUGAUCCAGACCUGGACUUCUGAGGCACAGUUCAGGGUCAGGUGGUUUUGGGAGACUGCGGAUGACAUUGAACUCGCCAAGGCAUGAUGCUUACGGCAAGCAGUGCUUGUCCACAUUGCCAGGGAUUUCUCCGGGCACUCGCGUCAUUCUCCAAGUGAGCCGCUGCCGCUGGUGGGUUCUUUGGUACAUGUAGCGGAUAAGUCGCAUGCCCGGGGAUCAGUGUGACUAGCCUGUGGUCAAGCAUGUACGGUGUUGGAUUUGUGUUGGAAAUCACGAUACCAAAUAACAGUGAACGAUGCACCGCUCCCUUUCUCACUGUGUGCCUUUGCACCAUCCACGGUGAGCGUCUGCGAUAUCCCACGUACUUCAGCAAGUGUUCAUUGAAGUAGGAAUAUUGAACAUGGAGUACACUAAACUCCUCCCUGAAACUUUUUUAAUGGCUGUCCUGAGUUUCCGAGUUGAACCAAAUCUUACUACAAAUAGCGGAGAACUUGAAGCUGCAGUCAGUGCACCAUCAGCUACCCCACAUGAUGUACUGGUAGUACAGUGUAAUGCUUUGUCUUGACUAUAACAUCGGCUGCGGGCCAGUGCUGGCCUACGGAUGGCUUACACGUAUGCUCUUCGUCUUGACACAGACAGUGAUCACAUCAUUAUUAGCCUUUACCUUUCUCACAUCGACAAUGUUUAUCUCUAUAUAUAUCUGCAAGCUCA